AUGAAGAUUCUCAUCCUGCUGCUGUCCCUGAUCGUCAGAAGUAAUCAGCUGAGUCUGAGCGACUGUGGGUCGGAGGCGAGGCGGCCGCUCAUCAAUGACAUCUCAGUGGACUGCGGUACCUCCUCCAUCGGCCUGGCGGUUGAGAUCUGCCCGGUCGUCUACACCGGCUACAAUGAGACCCUCCUGAUCCUGAACCACAUGAUGGACCCGGUCUGUAGAGCCACGCUCGACGAGUCUGUGAACCCGCCGGUGGCCCGCUUUAACUUCCCACUGAACAUGACUCACGCCUGCGGAAGCACCUUCCGGACCACCAGCGCCGCCGGGACGGGCAUCUUCUCCGACUUCUCCAACAUCCAGACGGUGAACAUCAGCGGCGUCAUCCGGUCCAUCGACCCGACCACCGGCACCAUCACCUACAACGCUGAGCUGAAGUACUACUACUCGUGCGCCUACCCCCUAGAGUACCUGAUCAACAACACCCAGAUCGACGUGUCCGCCUCCUCGGUGUCGGUGAAGGACAACAACGGGAGUUUCAUCAGCACCUUGAGCAUGGACCUGUUCAGCGACGUCAACUACACCCGUCCCAUGGUCAUCCCGGAGCUGGGCAUCGAGCUCAGGACCAACGUGUACGUGGAGGUGAAGGCGACCAACCUGACGGGUCAGUACCACGUCCUGCUGGACCGCUGCUACGCCUCCAUCUCUCCGCUGCCCACCAACUCCAGCUUCUUCAACCUGUUCGUGCCGUGCUCCAAGGACCGCUUCACCACCAUGAUCGAGAACGGCGACAGCCAGAGCGCCCGCUUCCGGUUCCCAGCGUUCCGCUUCAUCGAGCAGCAGAACGAGACCGUGUCCACCUACUACCUGCACUGCAUCACCCGGCUCUGCGAGAAGAGCACCUGCGGCACCUUCAAGCAGUGCAACAACCGCAGGAAGAGGAACACCCUGGACACGUCGGCCGUCACCUACACCAUCACCUCGCCGGAGAUCAUCACCAAGGCCGAGAGCACCGACUCCAAGGAGAAGCCGCUCGCCGCCGAUGAGGACGAGUCGUCCGUCGGGCUCGGCGUGGCCGUCGGCAUCCUCGCCUUCGUUUGCUUAAUCGCCCUCGGUGUCGCAACCGUGUUUUACAAACGACUCAGGAACUAA